AUGAUGACGUCCGCCCGAGACAACACAACGCAAAAUCUUCCAGUAGAAAUAUUGGAAAGUAUCUUCGACGAGGUCUCUAUAGCUUCGGUUUUUUCCUCAAUUGCACUUGCAUCGCGCACCCUUCGAAGCAUUGCCAACAAUAGGAGAUUUCGCUCACUAGUCCUGAAUAGGGGUGUUGGACACGAUAUACAUUUCACAUCCAAAAAAAUCAAAACACUAGCCAACCUUAUCAGAGACGCAGAGAAUUUCAGUAAAAUGCGCAGCAUUGUCGAUUUUACUACGUCACUUUCACUGUCAAUGAUAGGUUACUACGACGAGGUUACGCCAGUAAUUAACAGUGGGUCACUGGCGUUCAUUUUUCAGCAUAUAUUCCGAGCGACUCCCAGUGAAUGCAGUCUAUCUCUUCGCAUAUAUCGCUGGGCUCGUACCGAUGAUGAAUACUUUGACGAUAUUUCGGAAUAUCCUAAAUACAAUGGACUAAGCUGGAGAUCUAUCAAUUCUGAUCUUAGGACCUCCCUACGAAGCCUCAUCCAAACAUCGAAACUCACUCGGCUAACCCUCCAUACCAUGAACCACGUCCCGAUUGACUUGCUUAAAAGCGCAAACAUAAAGCACCUGCACCUGUUACGUGCCAAGUUGGACCUGGGACGCCGUCCAACUCCUAUCACCCACCCAAUCUUAUUAGAAUCCCUCCAAAUGGACCCCAUAUUGUCUGUGGAAGAGAUCGACUCUCUCACAUACCCUUACAGACUUGGGGAGGAUAGAUCGACGCUUGGUGGUUAUCUUCCUCUUGUCAAAUUAACAGUUGCCAUUUCGUACCGAGGCGCGCUGGACCUACUGAAUAGAUUGCUACAGUACACAUUGGCAUUGCGAUCCCUCACUGUUGAGCUGCGCAUGACGUCUGGUAUGUUGCUCAAUUCAUUUGCGCGUACUUUGAGCCCAGAAUCCAUUUCAAUAGGCGAAAUGAGACGGUUAAUUGACAACCACUGCACUAUAAAUUGGUCAAACCUCUCCCACCUCGAAUCAGUUUCACUUCAAGCCCGCGACAGUGGUAUAGCUCGAGAUUUAACCAGAACUUUGCCUAUGUGUGGCAUUCCUUCCAGUCUGAGCACAAUUUCCUUUACAAUCAUCUAUCACCCAUACAGCCUCCCCAGUGUGGCUGACGUGAUCACGUUUCUCGAACAGUCUCGUAUAAAUGGCUUGGAUGGCUAUCUUACACUAUCUGCAUUCAAUGCAGUCCCGUCAAUCCAUAUUGCCAUCAGAGUCGAGUGGGCGCAACCAAGUUCAGGAAGCGAUAUCGAUAUAUUGGAGAAGUUUGUCCGAGGACAGAUUCCCCUUUUGUUGAAGCAAAAACCAGCAUCAAAAGUACACAUAGAGUACACGACUUCGUUUUAA